CACUGCUGAACUCUAAUGCUCCUCUCUCUCUUUUUCCCCCUUCUGCCCUUCCCGCCAUUUAGCAGUGCCCAGCAAGGGUUGUCAAGUCAGAACUACCUGCUCGUCAUUAGCCACCGUGAAGCACAGAGAGAUUACAACCUCAACUUCCCUGCCAGCAAAACCAUCCAGGAGGUGAAAAGGAACAUUUCAGACCUGACAAACAUCCCUGUGCGGCAUCAACAGUGGGACGGCUGGCCUGCCUCUGCCUCAGAUGACUCGAUGACUCUGGCCUCCAGUGGAAUCAGUUACCCCUGCCACCACCUGACUGUGUGCAGAAGAUCUUCCCCUGCGCUCACGGUGGAUCAGACAGACGAGUGCACAGAUGUUCACAUGGUCAGUGACAGUGAGGGAGAGGAUUUAGAGGAUGCACCUGAGUUUGGUGUAGAUGAAUCUGAAAUCUUUGGCAUGGGAAGCUCAAGUUGUCGAAAGUCUCCGAUGAUGCCAGAGAACAGUGAAAAUGAGGGUGAUGCCUUACUGCACUUUACUGCUGAAUUUUCUAGAAGAUAUGGCGAUUGCCAUCCUGUGUUCUACAUCGGCUCCUUGGAAGCAGCAUCUCAAGAGGCCUUCUAUGGCAAAGCCAGAGAUAGAAAACUGCUGGCCAUCUACCUCCACAAUGACGAGAGUGUCCUCAGUAACGUGUUCUGCUCUCAGAUGAUGUGCGCAGACUCCAUAGUGUCAUAUCUCAGCCAGAACUUCAUCACAUGGGCCUGGGACGUUACUAAAGAAGCUAAUAAAGCCAGACUACUCACGAUGUGUACAAGGCACUUUGGCAGUGUUGUUGCACAGACCAUUCGGACGUACAAGACUGACCAGUUCCCAUUACUUUUAAUUGUCAUGGGCAAACGGACAUCAAAUGAAGUUUUAAAUGUCAUUCAAGGCAACACAACAGUGGAUGAGCUUAUGAUGAGACUCAUGGGAGCCAUGGAGAUCUUCACAGCACAGCAGCAAGAAGACAUCAAAGAUGAGGAUGAACGUGAAGCCAGAGAAAUGGUCAAAAGAGAGCAGGAUGAAGCUUAUCGUUUGUCUCUGGAGGCUGACCGUAAAAAGAGAGAAGCGCAAGAGCGAGAAGAGGCAGAGCAAGUCCGUCAGGAGCGAAUCAGGAAAGAGCAGGAGGAAGAACGAGAGGCUAUCCGUCUCUCAUUGGAGCAGGCCCUGCCACCAGAGCCCAAAGAGGAGGGCGGAGAGCCAAUCAGCAAACUGCGCAUCCGGACGCCAAGCGGCAAGUUUUUGGAAAGGCAGUUCCUGGGCAGCUGUAAACUCCAGGUCCUGUUUGACUUCGUCGCCUCCAAGGGCUACCCAUCUGAUGAGUUCAAACUGCUCACCACCUUUCCACGCAGAAAUAUAACGCAGAUAGACCCGGCUUGGAGUCUGGUGGAGGCUAAACUCUUCCCUCAGGAGACCCUGUUCCUGGAGGCCAAAGAGUAGGACUGAUCUGAGAUGUCCUGAGGCGAACAAGAAGAAUAAGCAAAGAACUUUUAGCAUGAUGUCCACAGCGACCAGACACACACCCACACACACACACAAGCCGUCACACACUAUCACACAGUGCGUUGUAUAUGAAUGCUGAGUGUACAUUUUAUGCACACGGAGGCCUUCACAAGCACAUGGAUAAACGAUCACUCUCCCCCCAUAACUGCAGUGUAAUGUUCUUUUUCCACCCAAAACGUAAGGUAACCGAAAAGAAAAAAAACAAGCAGAGGUUUGGAAGUCUAAAACAGCCAGCCUCACAGACAAGGACUUCUCACUGCGGCUGCUUUUUAGACAUGUUUUGUGUUGAAAUGAGACAAAAAA